CCAACCGAGGCAGAGGAAAAGUCCACUUUUGAUAUUUUUCACCGCAGGAUCAUCGCCCAGCUGUGGCACAAUGACGUCAAGGAAGAAAGUACUACUCAAAGUCAUCAUCCUUGGAGACUCCGGAGUUGGGAAGACCUCUUUGAUGAACCAGUAUGUGAAUAAGAAGUUCAGUAACCAGUACAAAGCCACAAUAGGGGCUGAUUUCCUGACGAAAGAAGUCAUGGUGGAUGACAGACUUGUCACAAUGCAGAUUUGGGACACAGCAGGUCAGGAGAGGUUCCAGUCCUUAGGCGUGGCGUUCUACCGCGGCGCAGACUGCUGUGUCCUGGUGUUUGACGUGACAGCACCAAACACCUUCAAGACUCUAGACAGCUGGAGGGACGAGUUCUUGAUCCAGGCCAGCCCCCGAGACCCGGAGAAUUUCCCCUUUGUGGUGCUGGGCAACAAGAUCGACUUGGAGAACAGACAGGUAACAACCAAGCGAGCACAGGCUUGGUGUCAGAGCAAGAACAACAUCCCCUAUUUCGAAACCAGCGCCAAGGAGGCAAUCAACGUGGAGCAGGCCUUCCAGACUAUUGCACGCAACGCUCUUAAACAGGAGACUGAAGUGGAGUUGUACAACGAGUUCCCUGAGCCGAUAAAGCUGGACAGGAGCGAGCGAGCCAAGCCGUCAGCGGAGACCUGCAGCUGCUGAGAACUCUUCGGGGGGUUGUCACUGCCCUCACUACCCUGUCUUGCCUUGUCUAUAUAUCCCCUUUCCCAUGACCCACUGUGUUAAUCCCUAAUGCCCAACAUACAAGCAGCAUCCCACUCAUAGAGUAUACUACUACACACACACACAUGCUGUACACACCUCCUUAUGUAUACAAAACACACAUUUUCUAUAAAAUAUGAGUCUCCUAGCCCAAAGAACACCGUACGGACACAUUAUGGAAUUUACUUGUAUGAUGCUUAUUACUUCCCAGUGUUUCCCUACAUACUCUUUCAUGGUGGUGGUGGUUUGGGCUAAUCUCAUUUUCAGUUCCAUGUAUAUCACUACUUUCACACCCAGUUUUGGUUCUAACUGCUUUUAUUUGGAUUAUUUAAGUGAUAUAUCCAAGCAUUAUCUCUAUACAUUUUUGUGUUGAUGAGUAAAGUUAGAAAACUUGUGUUUUUUGUUGUUGUUUUGUUUUUUUAAAAAUCAAAGUUUCUUUAGCAGUGGUGGUUGUUUUCUUACUUUUGCGGCCCGCCACCGCUGCAUAAAGAGAGGAAACACUGCCCCCCCUCCCCAUUUUACUCAUUUGUAUUGUGGCUUAAAUUUGUUUCACUCCCAAAAACAUUUCUUAUGGUUUCACUUUAUCUCAUGCAACCUUUAAAAAAACUCUAUGUAAGCAGUGAGUCAGAACUGAAGUAGUGAAGGAUCAGAGUGCGUGAAGGUGCAUGUGUGGGUCACAUUAAUAUGCUGCCUGCUGAUUCUCAUUAACAGAAUUGAAAAUCCAGCUCCAUGACAAGUCAAUCAGACAAGUGUGUACAGAUUUUUAUUUUUUGCACUUUGCGGUCAUCCACAAUAACUGAAGACUUGUUCAGACAUCUCAUUUUGGAGCCACAAUAAAUGCAAUUGUAGCUCAGGUUGAGGACAUCGUGUGAAUCCAGACUCAGCUCCUUGAUCUGAGUGCUGUCCCUAACACACUAUUUGCUGUUCCUCUACUAAAGAAAUGUAGGUUUGUCUUGUAAUCAGUUAUUGUUGGUACAUUUGACGUGGGGGAUGAACCAAAUCUAGACAGCAUGUCAUUCUACUUGAUAGUCUGGGAGAGGAGAGAUUUUCCUCAAGUAUAAAUAUCAUUCAUAACAGUACUAUUAGCUAGUACAUUUCUUUUUACUGUCAACUAUUGCAAGACUUUGUAUAUUUGCAAACCUCUCAAUCAUUGUGUGGGGAAGGCAAAAAGUUGUGUUGUAAAUCUCCAUAUCUGACUCUGCCAGUUGCUCGUGUUGGCAAACAAUUUAAGUGCUUGACAUUUCUUUUAACCGAUCAGAUCUUUAACUGUCUGUUCGUAUUAUGUUAAAACUCUGAAAUGCAUUAUAGAUUACAAGAUAGCAUACAUACUGUAACUUUGAAAGAAGAAAAAAAAAUGGUGGGGGGGACUAUUGGCAUUUAUUAUAUUAUUAAUAUGAUAAAUGCAUAGCAUCUACAUUGUUUCAAAAUGUCUUUGCGUUUCAAGUAAUAAAGAUAAUAAAAAUCUGGAAUAAAG